CAGGCAUCAGUCACACCAUAACCAUUCAUUACAUUGUUGUAGAGGAAGCCUAGACUGUUUUCAUCCACCAACAACGCAACCAUGGCAAACGAUCCAAAUUUCCAAAUCACUCCUUGUUCUGCACUUACGGAGUGCAACGAGCUCAAAUUCCAUGUGUACCUCUUCCAGAUAUUGUCAGGCCCGGAUCAAAACGAGGUAUUUUCCGUUACCAUAAGUGAGAAGUUUGGAUCCAUUGUUGCCUGCAACUGGGAAGUACGCGAUGGUCCUAGCAUCGAUGCGAAAAUUGUCGCUCGCGCACAGGGCCUGCAUGCCCAAGGUGGUCAGUGGUACAGUACAUUCAGCCUUGUGUUUGAGAAUGAAAGGUUUAAGGGGUCCACACUUCAGGUGAUGGGUACACCCGAUACAGUAACAGGUGAGUGGGCUAUUGUCGGAGGUACAGGAGAUUUCAGAAUGACAACCGGUGUGAUAAACAAAAGGUGGCUCGAGUUACGUGGUUCUACGAGAAUCAUAGAGCUUACUAUCCAUGGAUUUUGCCCCGUGCUCAAAGUGCAAACGGUGAGAGAACCAGGGUCGUCUAUUCAGAGCCUUGUCACAAAGGCUGGACUAUGUGGUGGAAACGAAGGGACUGAACUGGACGUAAAGGAAUUACCAAGUCGUCUAGAAAGUGUCACCAUCCGCAGUAGCAGUGCUAUUGAUUCAAUUGAAUUUUCUUACGUUGACCAAUCUGGCCGGAGAUGCACUGAAGGUCCAUGGGGUGGUGCCGGUGGUACUGCUCACCCUAUGGAUCUCGGCUCCAACGAGUUCGUCAAGGAAAUUUCUGGAACAUUCGACCGCUUUGACGAUAUCAUUUACAUAACCUCGUUCAAACUCGUUACCAACGAGAGGACUUUUGGACCAUGGGCUUGGCCGAAAGGAACACCUUUCAGCAUCAGUGCACCAGCUGGCAGCGCUAUCGUGGGCUUCUAUGCACGUGGCGGGCCAUUCCUCAAUGCCAUUGGUGUUUACCUCAAAUCACUAUGAGAAACAUCUAUCCGUCUCUGCUUUAUCUAUCACCAUCAGGGUGCAACUUUGCUUUGUGUGGUGUUGUUUUGUUUCCCGUACAAUAAAUUAGAUGUGGCGAUUGUUAGAUAAUUCUUGCGCGUUCACAUGUUCCUAGCUAGUUUGCUUUGCUGAAAAUAAGCUGAGCUCGUCAGUCUGUCACGAUGAGCACAUCUGUAGGCACCUGAUGCAUGCUCCGUCCACGCAAAGGUAGCCCGAGUCCUUAAAAGAGUUUUUGUUGCAGGGCGCACUGCACGUUACAUGGCCAUGGGAUGGCACAGCUGUUCCGGGAGCGUGCAGUACGCGACGUCGUGCGCGAUCAGGGCCACGGCUUAGUUGGUUUUAAGUUCAUUUUUAUAUAUUGCAAUCCAAGGGUCAGAAAAUCUGCUGUCUUUGAGCAGCACAAA